AUGAUGCUGACACACAAGGGCGAUUUCCUCGUGCGAACCACUGAACCCGUCGCUGGACAACCGCGAGCCUUCGUCUUAUCGGUGAUGUGGGAUCCGAGUCGCGGCGAGGAGCAAGGAAUCAAACAUUUCGUCGUCAAGCAACAUCAGGGCGCCAAAGUCUCCAUCGAAAAGUUCACAUUCACAAUGCCCGAUGAUUAUAACCAACAACAAAAGGGGCACCGAACAAUCGGAAGACAGCCUUGGGAACUCAAUCACAUCGAAUGCACGAAAAAGCGGGGAGAAGGAGCGUUUGGAGAAGUGCACAAAGGAAAACUCGAACUCAGGGGAGGAAAGCUUGUCGAUGUGGCUGUGAAAUUAGCGAAGCUCGAAGUGCGGACAAAGGAGCAGAUCAAGGAGAUUAUGCGAGAAGCACGCCUGAUGCAAAACUUUGACAAUUCCAACGUCGUCAAGUUCUAU